AUUUCCUGGAACAUGCUUUUCCUUCUUACCAUCUUCCUGGCGGUGACCCAUGUUACCUGGGCCAGAUCCCCCACAAGUUUAGAGUGCAACCCCAGCCAAGUAAAGAUGUCAUGCCUCAUGGGCUGCUUCGGGUGCUUCGAAGCCUUUGGCGUGGAGAUGUACGAUAUGGCGGCUUGCUGUCGCGACUGCCGUAUAACUAAUGCUGACUUCAUUGACGAUGGACCUUCCAGAUGCUCUCGUGAUUACAUUAGGAGCAGCUGGCUCAAGCGUUUUGGCUGA